UACAACAGAACUCUGGUUGGUUUCGCAUGCGAACGACGAUUGGCUGUGAUAUUCACGUUGACGUCUUUCCUAAUUAUACGUCAUUUUUAAGGGACAUAUGUGUCUGUGUGCGUUGAGUCGCUUUGCAGUUACCUGCUUACAUUAAAUAAAGGAUGCCGCUGCCCCCUGCUUUAUUGGCUCGUCUGGCCAAGAGAGGAAUAUUAAAACAGUCUGAUCACGAAGCGGAUGAAGAGAUUAUCGCUGAAGACUAUGACGACAACAACGUAGACUACGAGGCCACCAGAUCUGAGAAUUUACCUUCUAACUGGUACAAAGUGUUUGACCCUGCUUGUGGUCUACCAUAUUACUGGAAUGUGGAAACUGACUUAGUCUGCUGGCUAUCUCCGAAUGACCCUGCUUCUGUGAUUACCAAGGCCGCAAAGAGACUACGAGCGAUCGAGGGAGGAGAGGAGCGAGGGGAGAAGCUGUUUGAGAAGGUGGAGAGGGAGCGUGACCGCGACAGAGACCGGGACCGAGAAAGAGACCGAGACCGGGAGGACGUGAGGGAGAGGCGGCAGCAGCGCAGAGACGACAUCGCCCCCUAUGGGAAGGGAAAGAGAGGGAGGGACCGUAAGGCCGAGGAGAUGGACCCCAUGGAUCCCAGCGCAUAUUCGGAUGCACCCCGGGGAACGUGGUCGACUGGCCUGCCCAAGCGGAACGAAGCGAAGACUGGAGCGGACACCACUGCAGCGGGGCCCCUGUUCCAGCAGAGGCCGUAUCCGAGCCCGGGGGCCGUUCUGAGGGCCAACGCCGAGCUCACCAAGCUUAAGGAGAGGGAAGCAGAUAUGUUGUAGUAUAUUUGUAAAUAUUUGUCAUUUUUUAGCAGUAAAAUGCGAAGUUCUAACAGUGAAAGGAAACUGCAUUAGGUUAUUUACGAAGCAGUCCAGAAUAAACCUCAUUACAGUGGAACCGUUCUUUAUACUUUUAUAUUUGACAAAAUACGUGACUGGGAAUUGUUUUGUUGUUUGAAAAUGCUGAGUGGACUUUUCAGCAGUGGAAUUGGGUCAGAAGGUGCCUCCUGGUGGUGUUCUGCAGUACACAGCAACAUUUGCGAAACGUUUUGUCAACUGCCGUUUCAAAUGCACCACUGUGCUAUGCUAAGGAAAGUGUUCUUGGUAAUGAAUUGUGCUGUGGAUCAGGGGUGUCAAACUCCAGUCCUGGAGGCCCCCAGUGUCUGCUGGCUUUUGGUGUGUUUCAACAUGGGUGCUUGAUUUAAGUCCUUGAUUGGGUAAAGAGCCUGCACACCUUGCUCUCAAGGCCUUAACUGGCAGCUGAUGGAAAGGAAACCACAAAUAUGCUGCGGCCCUCCAGGACUGGAGUUAAACCUGCAAACACAGCGCCCCCUCCAGGACUGGAGUUAACCUGCAGACACAGCGCCCCCUCCAGGAAUGGAGUUAAACCUGCAGACACUGCGGCUCCCCAGGGCUGGAGUUAAACCAGGAGACGCUGUGGCCCUCCAGGACUGGAGUUUGACACCCAUGCUGUUGAUACUCUUGUUAUUACCUGCUUUAAUGCUGUUGUCCAUAUCUUUAUUGGCAUGUGUGAAUUAAGCUUUUAAAUAAAAAGAACUCAAAUGUG